AUGAGUUCGAAACCCACAUGUACCAAAAUUUUGAUGAAAGAUAUUCCUGUGGUUUCUUUUUCUCCUGGUGAAUAUGAAAGAUACUGUGAAAUAUUUGCAAGUAUCCAAAAUAAAAAUGGUGGUAAACUUUUUCAGAACGGUCUUCUGUUAUGUCACCAGAAUACCUUUGUCUACCAAAAACUCCUAGAAUUAUGUAACAAUGUAAAUGAUAAAAAAGUUUUAAGAGCCGCAUAUGAUUACUGCAAUAGUCAACAUGAACCGAAAAUCAAAAACAAAAACACAAUGACCAUUAACAACGUCAUCAUUAAGAACGAGGUUGACCUCUCUGGUUCACCAGAAACAAAAGGACUGAAUAAAAACGAAUCAACCUGUCCUAGAAACAGCUUAUCUGAAACAGCAUGCCCUAGAAACAAUUUAUUAAGAAAGAUCGGUUUUUUCAUUAUGAUAUUCAUCAUCAUAGGAUUAUUUCUUUAUGCUAUUAAAUAUGUAAAAGAUAAAGAAUCCAGAAUCAAAGAAUUAGAGGCUAGCAAUCAAAGGAAGCAAGAUAAAUAUGAUAAGCUCAGCUUCGAAUACAAUAAGAUGAUCGAAAAAUCGAAAAUGAAAAAUGAUGAAUAUCGAAAAAGAAAAGAAAAAAUUGAUAGAGAUGAUAAUGAUUAA